CAUUGACAGUGCCCACAACAGUGCUGUUCGAGGAUUUCUUUGUAAGGAACUGGAAAAGGAAGACAAUGACUAUGAAAAGUCAACUAUCAAGUGUGCUGUGUCAAGAUAUUAUGAAACGAAAAGACAACAAUACCUCGACAAUCUACCUGACAGAAGAAAUAAAGCAGAGAAGACUGCUCUGCAACAAACUGAUGCAAAUUUCAUGAGUGGCAAGGAGAAUGGUGAGGGCAGUCAAGAGGAUGUGUGGGUUGUGAGGUCACCACUGUGGCGUAGUCCACAGCUACUGUAUCUCCUCUCUUAA